AUCGUGAUUUUUUUUCAUAACCUAAAAUGUCGGAAACCUCACAUCCAUCUCGCGAUCCAAAAAAUCUCAGCGAACCAUUCGCAGUCAUCGAAUUUCUCGAGAAAAACGAAAAAGGGCUACCAUGCAUUGAUUUGGUGCCGAAAAAAUGGUUUAAUAGUGCAGAAGAAGACACCUGUAAAUUCCCACCGACAACUGAAUAUCAUCUACUUGACGACUACUUGGAAAAAUUGCACUCGCCCAAGGACUCUUGGCAAAGUUAUCCAUUUUGCUUCAUCACCGGAGCAGCUGAUUUGGAUCAGGGUCGCAGAAGAUUAAAAAAGGCCCAAGUAACUCUCAACUGUGAGACAACCGAUGGUGAAAAUGAUCGAAAGGGGGGGAGGUCCGAAACUUCCUCGAAAGCAAAAAUUUCAGCAAAACCCUUAACUGCAUCAAAGUCUCAACUAAACAACAUCUUUAGUACUAAAAUCCCGAUUCCACCUAGAAAUCAAACUCCAAAGUCUGGUAUACAAGCAAAACCAAAGACAAGAUUUCAAAGCAUUUACCAGAGUGGAUCUGACUCUGAAGACGAAAAUCAUGAUUGUCUUAUAGCUAAUCCUGAGGAGAUUCGAGCCUCAAAGGCUCAAAAUAAUUCUGGCUUUUUGCAAAUGUCGAGUAAAUCGCGAUCUGUACCAACAGGUGCAUGUUUAUCAUUUAAACAGCGGUCAAGGAAGAAUAUUACUUUGCUUAAAGACGUCGAAACUGAUGAAUCUGAGAGCAAUGAUUCCUCCGAUGGAAUUCUGCAGUCACCUACAAAAUCGAUGGACUCAGCGAGAAAUACAAGAAAAGAACUUCAUUUGACACCUCCUUCACCACUAGUCCAUAACGCUUCAGGUAACCGAAAAAGGCGUGCAUCGUCUACUACACGCGCUGAAGACGGAUUGAAUUCGAUUGUGAGCCCAGGAACUCCAAAAACUUCACGAUCAAUGAUGGUACACCCUGCUAAGAUGCCAAAAAUGCUGGGACCACAAAACCAGUUGUCAUCUAGUCAUUAUGCUGAUAAUGAACGUCGAAUCCUGAACUCCCUUCGAGAUUACUUUGAUCAGCAAUUAGAUGAAAAGCUCGAAAAUUUAAGACGCAGGAUGGCUUACGAUUUAAAGCAGUCUAUGAAUGAGCUCAAGACCACAAUCAUUGGCACUAAUCUAGCCCCAGCUUCUGGUCCUAGCUUGCUUGAAAUACAGAAGCAGAUGUCUACGCCACUACCAUUUGAAAUGGAUGAUAAGUUCCAGGAAUACGAAGCGAUAUUGACAACGGACCCAAAUCUCGUAGAAACACUGCGAUUAUUCAUGAGAGUUUUGAUAAGCAAUAAAAAAGAGAUGAAAAUAUGUGUUUCCACUAUCCUAUCUGCGGUUCUGAGGAAGACAGUGUCACUGCACUAUUCUGGUUACGGAAAGGAAGCUGGCGGAAAGAAAAAGAAAAAUUUUUAUAACACUACAGUAUGCAAAGUGCUGAUUGAUGUGAUAAUUGAGGUAAUAGGAUCCAGCACUGAUGAGAAGAAGAUAAUGUCAGAAGUAAGUACUUGGUUGUCACGUUCUGGCGAUCGAGAGGGUGGGGGUAAGGAACGACAACGCGGGUCAAGUCAUCAUAACGAGAAUAAUUCAGUUUGUUCCUUUGAUACCAAUCGAUAAUACUUCAUUUUUCCGGGAUAAAUGGAAUUGUAAAAUCACUGUGUUAAUAUGACUCCAUUAAUUCAUUUUCGUAAUUGUAUUAGUUGUGAUAUUCUUGAUAAAAGGUACGAUUAAUAGGAAAAGUUUAUAUUAUCAAUAUAUUUUUAUCGCGAGGCGUUUCAUUGGGCAGAAUAUAUAUUAAUAUAUGAAUAUUGUUUAGUAUUCGGCUGUCAUUGAAGUAUUAAUUAUAUUUAUUAUAUUUCUCCUGGCGAGGUCGGAAAUCCAGAAGAUGGAAAUAACAAUUGGAAAAUGUGAUGUAUCUUAGCAUAAUAAAGUAUUUUCUAUGUCAUUUCCUCAUAAGUUAGAUCACGGGAAUAAAUAUCCGUUGUUGGUUCAGGGAUUAAAUAUUAUGUCCAAAAGUUUAAAGGGAAAAAUAAUAAGUGGAUUUUUAAUUUUUAAGAAAAAUUCUAAUGAAAGUAAUUUCAGCCAUUGAGAGCUGUUUUCAGUAUUUGGUGAUUCAAGUCAAAUAAUAUUUAUAAGGUUGAAGUUUCACAAUCGGACUGCGUCCAUA